GGCAGGGAGAUCCACGCGUAGUGGACGAGUGGAUUCAGGGUAUGGAGUUUAUCUUCGAGGUCAUGGAGUGCCCCGAGAGAUAUCGCGUGGUUUGCGCACAGCUUCAGUUCACCGGUGAUGCCAGGCUCUGGUGGAACGCUUACUGGAGCAUGCGUCCCGGUGAGAAAGCGGGAUGUACGUGGGAGAUGCUCAAGGAGUUAAUCCGUGAGAAGUACUAUCCCACAUACUAUCGAGCAGAGAUGGAGCGUCAGUUUCUAUCGCUCCAGCAGGGUACUCGUACUGUCGACGAGUAUGAGAGAGAGUUCACGAGACUUGCAGCUUUUGUUCCUGAUUUGGUCUGCGCGGAGGCCCAGCGAGCGCAGCGUUUCAUUGACGGGCUUUACCCAGCAGUCCGUCAUAACAUCGUAGGCCACGAGACACAGACAUAUGCACGUGCAGUCUCCAUUGCUCAGGAGGUGGAUGCUAGCCUUGGGAGGGAGGCAGUUCGCAGUCAGAUUCAUCCAUUCGUCCCUGCUCAGUCGUCUUCAGUUCCACCGAUGUCAGCUUUACCAUCUACCCAGCCGCCCAAGAACAACAAGAGGAAAGAUAAAGGUGCCCAGGCAGAUAAGAGGGCCCGACGGAGGCUACAGCAGAUUCCACAGUGCCCGACAUGUGGACGGCUUCACCGAGGCGAGUGUCGCUUUGGUCAGGAUGUGUGCUACUAUUGUCACGAGGCCGGACACUUUGCGAAUCGUUGUACGAAGAAGGCGCAGCAGCCUCAGCAGCCUCAGCAGCCACCGCAGCAGCAGCAGCCCC